AUGACUUCAGUUGUUUUAGAUCGGAUCCAAGACGUCUUGCCAAGUAUUCCUCGUUGGAGCAUAAAAGUAGUGGUACAUGACAUAGCAAAACCACAACAGUCGUACUCAAGUCCCAAACGUUACCAGAGGAUUGUUUUUGCGGAUGGAUCAGGACAAAAGGCUAUGGCAACUAUAUUUGAUAAUGAUAUUUCAAAGUUCGAAAAAGUAUUCGUACUAUUUGAGACAUAUAAAAUUUCCAAUGCUAAAAUUACCCCUCUCGCUGAAAAGUAUAAUAAAUUUGGAUAUCCAUAUCAAUGGAUCAUAACUGCAAGAACUGCAAUUAGUCACGAGAUAGGACAUGCUAUCCCUAGAUCAGCAACGAAUCUAAAUUUUGCGUCAAUUGGUCAGUUGAAGAGCAGCACACAAAAUGAUGAAUUGAAAGAUGUUCUUGUCAUAGUUAUUGAGAAAUGGGCGAUGCGAACUAUUGUAGCUUCUGGGAAACAACACAUUGUUCGUGAUUUUGCCGUCAUCAACCAAGACAAAAAGCCAGUAAUUUUAACCCUGUGGAAUAGUGUAGCUGAGACGGAAGGAAAGAUAAUCGAGGAAGCAGAAGAAAACAUGCCAAUCAUAAGAGCAACACGGCUCUCUGUUUCUUCGUACUAUGGUAUCUCUCUUGCAUCAACUCCAACAACAGCUAUAACGGUGGAUCCCCAGAUUAUUGAAGCUCAAAAUUUGAAAAAUUGGCGUGCAAAUAACGGAACAAUAAUAUCUGAUGCCUUAGCCAGCAAGGAAUAUCUCGAUCACGAAGACUCAUUUCACGCAACUACUGAAAAAGAAAUUUACCCCUUGAUCGAUGCGCAGAAAGACAAAUUUGUGGUUCGGGUUAGAGCUAAAAUAACAGACUAUGAUCAAAAGUUUUUCUACAUGGGAUGCAAUCAAUGUUUUUCUGGUGUCGAUGCAGAGCUAAACCAUUCAUAUACAUGUGCAAGUUGCAAGGAAGAUGCUCUUGCAAAGCCGAGGGCAAAGCUUUUUCUCAAUAUUUAUGAUGGUAGUGAAGAACUUGAUGUCAUUGUCUUUGGGGAUGCUGCUGCCAAAAUACUUCAAGUCAACUCCACAGUGAGCAUGGAGAUGUACAAUGCGAUAUAA